GGGUGCUGAACGUCCGAGAAGCCGCGGUGCUUUCCGGGAACCGCGCGCCGGACCGACUGGACGGCUCCGGGAAGGGCGGGUUUCUUCCAGGUAUGGAUCAGUUGAAGCAGAUCAUCUCCUUAGGCCAGCUUAUCUACAACCAGUGUGGGGAGAUGCAAUACUGCCGGAAACAGUGCCGACGUCUAGGGGACCGCGUCCAGGGCCUGCUGCAGCCCCUGCAAAUGCUCCAGGACCACGGAGAGAGGAACCUGCCCUCCCAGAUCACCGCUGCGCUGAGCCGUUUCCAGGCUGCCCUAGAGGAAGCUAAGGAGCGGAUAGACAAGUUCAGCAAUAAGUCCAAUAUCCAGAAGUUUCUAACCGCGGGGCAUGACAGCAUAGUCUUUGGUGGGGUGAACCAGAGGCUGAGCAAUGUCUGGGAGGAGCUCUCUCUGCUGCUCCAGGUGGAUCAGUGGAGGCACACUUCAAGCCUCAGCCCAGGAGCGUCCUGGCAACAGGAAGAUCAACAGGAUGCAGAGGAGGACAGGAAAGCUCUCCAAGGACUGAGUGAGAAAGAAACUGUAAAAUCUUUAUUGAGGCAACUGGACAACAUGAAGGAAACCAUUGAAGCUGUGAGGAGCUGGAUGAGGUCGGAUUCACAGAAACCCAAGAAGGGGUUCCCACAAGAUCAAAUCAAGGAGAUUAAGAAGGAGGAGCUUCCAGAAGCCGAUUGGAUCCUACUAAAGGAAAAUGAAUCCAGCACACUUUAUGAAGGAAAAUACCACGAAUCUCCAGUGGCCAUAAAAGUAUUCAACAACUCCCAGGCCCAAGGCAUUGGAAUAGUGAGGCAUACUUUCAAUAAUGAAAUCAGAACCAUGAAGAAGUUUGAUUCCCCCAACAUCCUGCGCAUGUUUGGGAUUUGCAUUGAUGAAGCAGUGACACCCCCCCAGUUAUCCAUCGUCAUGGAGUACUGUGAGCUCGGGACCCUGAGGGAGCUGCUGGAUUGGGAAAAGGACCUCACCCUGGCCAAGCGCAUCAUCCUGACCCUGGGGGCAGCCAGAGGCUUGUACAGGCUGCACCAUUCGGAAACACCCUCAGAACUCCACAGGAACAUCAGCAGCACGAGCUUCCUGGUGACUAAAGACUACAGCGUGAAGCUUGCAGGAUUUGAGUUGAGCAAAACACAGACUUCCAUCAGCCGACAAACUGGGGGAAAAGAAGUGGAGAGAGUCAAUUCUGCUGCGUACAUCUCCCCUCAGAGAUUGGAAAAUGUGUAUAGUAAAUACGACAUAAAAGCUGAAAUAUACAGCUUUGGAAUUGUUCUCUGGGAGAUCGCCACUGGGAAGAGCCCAUUUGAAGGUUGUGAUUCCAAGAAGAUCUACCAGCUGGUGGCUGAGUCCCGGCACCGAGAGCCAGUGGGUGAAGAUUGCCCUUCACAGUUGCAGGAGAUCAUUGAUGAUUGCCGUGCCUAUGAACCCUCCAGGAGGCCCUCUGUUAAAGAAAUCUUAAAGAGACUGUCUCCCUUUUGUUAAACCAAGUAUUGAAACUGAAACUGUGUCCCUGAACAAGGAGCUGGAAGAACAGGAGUUGGGCAUCUUUUUCUCUCAAACCCUUCAGCAUGGAUUUAUUUAUGGAUACAGGGAGGCAGCACUUCUCUGUAACAAAUGGAAAACAGCUCCAGUAAUCCAUCCCACUCCCAAUGAUGCUGUCAAAAAUACACCUUUGAUAAUAACUCUGAUUGUUUUAAAAAAAAUGUGUCUCUCUCUCUCUGGAUCCAAAUGUCUUGGCAUUGAUGGCCCCUCCCAUCAAGAAGUCGAAUCUAGGGCUUCCCUGGUGGCUCAGUGCUAAAGAAUCCACCUGCCAAUGCAGGAGACAUGGGUUUGAUCCCUAGUCUGGGAAGAUCCCACAUGCCACAGAGCAUCUAAGCCUGUGCGCCACAACUAUUGAGCCUGUGCUCUAGAGCCUGGAAGCCACAACUACUGAGCCCAACUGCUAAAGCCCGCGCACCCUCGAGGCCGUGCUUUGCAACAAGAGAAGCCACUGCAAGGAGAAACCCGCUCACUGCAACGGAGAGAAGCCCCCAGUCGUUGCAACUAGAGAAAAGGCCUGCGCAGCAGUGAGGACCCAUCACAGCUAAAAAUAAAAAGAUAAACAAGAUUUUUUUUUUUAAAGUAGAAUCUACAUCCCCACCACUUGAACCUAGGCUGGUGUUGUAACUGGCUUUGACCAAUAGAAUGUCGAAGUGAUGGUGUUUUGGUUCCAAGGCCAGGCUUCAGGAGGCCUUACAAACUUCCACCCCGUCUCUUGGAGCCCUCCCCCGCCGGGAGCAAGCUGGGCAAGCAUGCUGGAGAAGGACAGACCACGCGCAGCCAAGACAGCCUGGCCCAGCCGAGGUCAUACUAGACCAGCCAGGCCAGCAGCUGUCACAGGGGUGAAUCCAGUUGAGACCAGAAGAACCACACAGAAGAAGCAGCCCAGACAGCCCAUUUACAAAAACGUGAGCUAGAUAAAUGACUCUGGUCUUAAGCCACUAAGUUCUGGGGUGAACUGUGACAUAGCAGUAAACACCUGGGCAAAUGCCGAUCCUUCCUCUUUCCCACUGAACUAAGUCCAGAAUCCCGCUUUGGAUCCCCAAGGCCUUUUAUCUCUGACGCCAACCUGAUCUCCAGUAUCCGGUCGCAGAGUGCUCCCACCAGAGACUGCAAACUCUAACACCUAUGAGGUCUAGUGGGAGCCUAAAAAGUGAGUUGAGCCUGAAGGAGAGACUUCAGGGAACCGCUGAGCUUUGUGCGGAAAGGCCAGCCUCUGCUCAGCUCCAGCCUAUUUUUAUCAGACAGGAACGGGACCCCAGUGUUUCCAGAGCCAUCCACUUUGUCACAUUUUUGGUAAAUUGUCCAUCUUUUUAAAGAUUGGCACUUCAUUAAAAAUUAUUUUUAUGCUGUA